CCACAAUUAUAGUUUGUCCAGAUAACCAGCGCUCCUUUUUAUUUAUUUUUUUUUUCUUCUUCUUCUUCUUUUCUGAUGCCUAUUGACGCUCCUUCUUCAAAUAAUCUCUACAAGCUAUUAGGCUUACCAUCAUCAUCAAAUGAAAUCAACACAAUUAUACCAUCAGAUGCAAAACCAAUUAUAUCCAAACUGUCAAAUUAUAUCUAUCAUGCUUACAAACCCUUAGGUAUAUCAUUAUGUUUUACUUCAGACAAAGAAAAUCUUGUUCUUGACGCCAUUGACAUUUAUAAUGGUAAAACUCGUGAUGGAUUUUCACAAUUUGCUUUACCAGAGGAACUUCCCUGUGGAUUGAAAAGUACAAUGCAAGCAUAUGAAAUUGUAUCACUGUUAGGCGAACCUGAUCGAAAAGGUGGAGGUGGUCAAACACGUUUACCUUGUUGGAUUGAGUACAAAUUUAACAGCUCAGAAGGGAGAGAUUCGGGCCUAUUGAUACAACUACAUGGCCUCGAAUGGGAAGAUCGGGAAAUGGGUUGGACAAGUAUUGUACUUUAUUAGAUUAUAGAAUACAGCUGUUAAGUUUAAAUUUGUUAAUCAUAAGUCAAUGUUCAGCUAAAAAUUGUAUAUUUUUAACUUGAAAAAAAAUAAAUAAAAUAAAUACGGUAUUUUCGAUUGGUAUUUGACUAAAGUAAAAUUGUUUUGAAAUGCUUAUAAAUUUCAACUAAAUGAAAUUAAUUUGAAACGAGA